AUGAAAGACGAAAGUAAAAGUUACGGAAAUCCAAAGACCUGGUUGCUCAGCGGUCUUCUGGACAAAGUCCAAGCGGUGCGUCGCCCACGCAGCGUCACGAAAGGCCCUUCAGCCUCCUCUAUCCCUUCCUCCCUGUUGAAUGCACUGCCUCCUCAUCCUGUCCAUCCUAUGGACGGUUUCCAGCCAGACCCUAGGAGGAAGCAAGUUCGAGAGCAUGGGGCCAUGACCUUGGAUAUCACUGGUUCAGUCGCAGGCGUGGUUCUGGUGGUCGGACCGCCGGCAAAAGUUGUGAUUGGGGACCUGCUUGGGAUCUUGAAGUACGACAAGAAUCUCACUGGACCUCUUACUCAUAAGCUACCGUCAGCAUCACUCCCUCCGUAUAGUGUGUAG